AUGGUUGAGUUUAGGAAGUGUAGUCCUCCUCAGUUUAGAGGUGAUGCAGAUCCGGAUGUGGCUGAUCACUGGAUUUGCGAGUUGGAGAAGAUAUUCUCAGUUUUAGGUUGUUCAGAGGAGCGAAAGCUUGCUUAUGCAGUGUAUAUGUUGACAGGAGAGACAGAGUAUUGGUGGAGAGGUAUUAGUCAGAUGAUGUUUGACCGUGGAGUGGUUGUGGACUGGGUGUGCUUCAAGAGGGCCUUCCUCGAGAAGUACUUCCCAGAGAGUGCGAAGGUUGUGGAGCGGCUAGAGAGCGUCGGCAAGUCAACGAAGACUGUUGGUGGGCCAGUUAGGUCCAAGAGUUGUAGUGGUUCUCAGAGAAAGCCUUAUGAUAGGCCCCAAUCUCAGCAAGGGGGUCCUAUCACAAGGAAACCUACUAACAUAGCUAGGAGUGGGGGUCAGAGUGGAGCUGCUACUCUCAGAUGUUAUAGAUGUGGAGGAGCUCACACAAUCAGAGAAUGUUCCCAUCCGGGGAAUGUUUGCUUCAGAUGUGGCAGGCCAGGUCACAUCUCUAGAGAUUGUCAGACACCGUCGACUUUAUCUGGGAGUGCCCCGAGGCCACCCAGGCCUACAGCUGCGGGAAGAGUGUUUGCAUUGUCAGGUGCAGAGGCUUCCACUUCAUUAGACUUGGUGAAAGGGAAAGGGAAGGCAGCAGUAUCUACAUUGCAUGUUGAUUUGUCUAUGUCUACUCUGGCUUUAGUUUCUAUGGUGACGUCAGAGAUUAUGGUGAGGCCACAGUAUGAUCAGAUAGCUAGGGCCAUGGAGAUGAUGGCCAUGGCGAUGCAGUAG